CUUAUUCCCACUUCAGUACCCUGCUUGAGGCGGAUUAGUGCUCUUGAGAAGCAAGACGCAAACAUUGCCUUCACCAAUAGGAGGCGUCGAAAGAACUGCGCAACACUGUUGACUUUCGAGGCAUUUGAUAAGCGGAACUUGAUUGGUUGGCCGUGCCGUGUGGUGAACCUAACGCGCGAGCCGUAUCUGAGUUUGACUCGGUUCCAUCACAACUUUUUUUGCGGGAGCGUUUAAGAAGAGCGAGUUCACAAUGUGUCGCAACAUUCUACCGCCCGCCAUGGCUCAGUUCGGGGAGCCCGGUGCUGAAGGAGAUGCUUCAUAUUCCAGUUACUCUUACGAUAUGAACGGAAAUUACACACUUGAUGGAGGUCUACCGCUUUCCCUGGCGGCUCCGAUUUUCAUGAUUUGCACCGUAAUUGUGGGGACUCUUGGAAACGGAGGAUUAAUUUACAUACUCUUACGGAACCGCGACAUGAGAAACAUACCUAACCUUUUGAUUUUGAACCUGUCACUUGGAGAUUUUCUUUAUCUCACUUUUAAUGUGCCGUUUUACAUCGCCAAUUAUCUGUCUGGUUCGCUCAAUUGGAACCUUGAUUUGUGUCGCUUUGUAAAUGCUGUGCAAUUUAUCUCACAGGGCGUUUCCGUCCUGACUCUGACUGCCUUGAGCACGGACCGAUAUUACGCAAUCGCCCGACCUCUAAAGCAACGGCAGAGCGACUCGACGCGGCGGACUCUCGGGCUGGCUGCGGGGAUCUGGCUGCUAUCCAUUGUGUUCGCCAUACCAUCCAUGGCGCUGGCUACUACGGAAACAGGUGGUUGCACACUAUCCUAUCAAACCCCCGAGACUAAGGGCUACUACACUUCACUUUUCCUUUUCUUAUACGUCAUACCCCUGAUCAUCAUAUCUGUGUUUUAUUCGCUCACAGCAAUCGCUCUUCUGAAAGGAACCUUUAAGCUGGAGUCACGGGUUCGACAGGGCGGCAACGAGAAGCGCGUUCGAUCACGGACUCGUCUGGCCAUCAUCAUCCUUAUCGCCGCCGUCUGCUUCGCCAUCUGUUGGUUCCCAUUUUACCUGUUCGCGCUCUGGUUCGAGUUCGGGUUUAACCCCAGGCUCUUCAGCAAACCCGCCAUGUUCUGUCUCUUUGAUAUGCACUAUCUUCUACCUAUGUUGGGAUCUUGCCUCAAUCCCAUCAUCCUCUUCGUCAUGAGCUCCAACUACCGGCGCCACCUUCGGGAUAUCUUCAGCUGUUUUCGGUGUAACUCGACAGCGGCCAAACGCCACUUCUCGUCGGCGAAGUCAUGGACGAUGAUGUCACUUCGCACCAACUCUUACUCGCUCUCUCCCAGCAGUGUGACAGAAAUGCCAACCAGGUGCUCAACUCACCUGUCAUAGCCACAUCUCUGGACAGUUUACGAACUCACCAACUUCGAAGCGAACGCCUAAGAUCACGAACAAGGGAGAGAUAAAAAGGUAUACCCUUGAUGAAAGAUAUACUGACAUGUUUAUAAAUUUGUCCAUUUACAGCACUAUAAACACGGAUCUCUACGAAAGUUUUUCGUAGAAACGACUGGUACCAGAGCUUGGUUUGCUUAACAGCCUGUCGGGAAAAUGAGUAAUUAGUAUAUAAAGAGAUAUGUUACUAAAAUGAAUGAACAAAGAAGAAACCACUGGAUGGUCAUCUAUUUUUUCUAUAUCAUGUAGUCAGAAAGAGACACGCUUUUUUUUUAUGUCCCCGUGUAUUAUUCAGACCGUUUGCUUGUAUAUAUAUAUAUAUUGCAUUCAUGGCGAAAUCUAAAGUAGGAAACGAUAUGAGAGUGUUACUACACCCAGCGAAGCCCUGCAACAAAACAAAAAUAGCUGUCAUAAUUUUCUCAAUAGUAAAGGACUCCCGAUAUAUUUAUACGAUAAUUAACAAGGUUUGUCAAAGAAGAAAUAUAAUGUUGAUGUUAGUAUAAAAUUAUUGUAUUGAACAGCUGAAUACUAUUUGCCUAUCUGGAUAACGACAUAUAAAAAGCCCAGGUUUAUUUGACAAGCUAUUACUAUUUAUAUGUUUUGGUUCAAGCAAUACAUCUAUCAACUAGGCCUAACACGAAAAUACAUAUUCGUUUACUUAUUCAUCUUUAAAAAAUAGAGUUUAGUAGAUCGCAGGAUCUUUAUUGAAAUAGAAGAGGAAGAAUAUGACAGCGCAUGGUAUGUUAUGUUGUAAUAACAGAAAGCAUUAAGGCUUUAAUGGCUCAUAACGCUUAACAAAACGUGUUUAUCAUGAUAUGGGACAAGGUUACUAGUAAUAGGAUAUACAUUGUGUUCAUGUUUGGCUUUAGCUUGGCAAAAUGCGGGCAUAUUUGAGCUCGAAGCAAUACAUCAAAUGACCAUGACAUGUAAUCCAUUCAAAAACACUGUGUACAAGUUCACAGU